AUGAAUUUAUCAUCAAUAUUGGGUGGCACUUCUUUAUCCCAAAUAAUUUCAUUGGAAACAAGCACACAAAAACGGACAGAUGAUAAUAAUAACACUUUAGCAAAUGACAAAACUUAUCUAAAUAUUUGCUUUAAAACAGGAAUAUCGGAAUUAGACAAUAAAUUAAUGAACUAUUCAUGUACUGAAGGUACUACUAUUAACUCCAUUGAUAAAGUUCUAUAUAAUAAUGGAAUUUAUGAAAUUUAUGGGCCCCCUGGUAUAGGAAAAAGUACCAUAGGUUAUAAUAUAAUGAAGAAUUAUACCAAAUUUUUUGCUGAAACUGGUGCGACCAAUAGUACUAGUACUAAUAGUGGUACUACUAAUGAUUUUAAUAUGCUAUGGAUCGAUACUAUAAAAAUAUCUCCCACUUUUCCUUUCCAAUCGAAUAUUAGAGAUAAUAACCGUAAGAAUAAUUGUGUCCUUAAUAUGAACUUUGACGGAGGAAAGAAUGAGACAAAAAUAGAAGAUAACGACGAUACAAUACCGUAUUUUGAUAAAAUCAGAUUGAUUUCAAUAUCCCAAAUACUAAUGUUUUUCAUGAGUCAAAAUAGUUCCAAGAAUACUGAAAAUAACACUAAAAGAUACAACGUCAUCAUAAUUGAUGGAUUUUCAAAAUUGGUAAAUAAAUAUUUGAAUUCUCUGGCAUUUAAAUAUAAUGUCAAUGUUGCAUCAACUUCAAAUAAUAACGCUAAUAGCAAUAAUGUGAGUUUACAUAAAUUAAAAGUUGAUUUAUUGCAAUUGAUAUUUAUAAACAUGUUGGAAUAUUGUAAUUCUACCACCAUUUCCAAGAAUAAUACCAUCAAUAGUGGAUGCAGAAUUAUAUUAUUGGACGAUGUAAAAAACACAACCUUUAACUUUCAAAUAACAAUGGAUGAUAUAAAUAAUAGCAUCAAUAAGAACGAAGUAAUAGGAAAUACAAAUAAUUUUUUGGUUACUGGAUCUUUCUCUUCUAAUUAUGCUUCUUCUAUCACAAAUAAUAGUUGUAUGUUAUUAAAAAGUGAAUUAGAGGCUAAUGUGGGUAUGGGGAUCUUUGAAAAUAAAUGGAACAGAUUUAUUAAAUUGAGAAUAGGACUUUAUUAUGGAAAUAAUAGUCCAUGCGAUUCUAAUACGUCAAAUUCUAAUGAAAGAAGUGUUUACUGUAUUAUCAAAUCUUCGAAUUUUCAUUUACAAAAUAAUAAUAAUAACAGUAGUAACGGCGGACAUAUUGUCACCACUACUAAUGUCACCAAUAAUAAUGAUUGCAUUUUUUCAUUCAAGUAUCCUAAAAAUUACUUUAGAGACAAUUUUAUGGUGAGAGAAUCUUGUAUACAAGCAGAAGAGAAAACUGUGAUUGAAAGGGAUAGCAAUAGCAAUAUUGGAAAGAGUCCUGUUGGCACGGAAAAAUUGGGUAAUAAUUCUGAUAUGAAGGAUGAUAUUACCGGUAAAAUUAUUAAUGAAAGCAACGCAAAUACUAAACUUUCUUUGUUUAUUCACCAACAAGAAAAUAUUGAGGAUGAAUCAUUAGUAAUAGAAGAAAGUCAAAUAUGA